CAAAUCUGCCAAAAACUACCAGUGCCGUAUUGUUACUUGGGACGCCAGAGCAGCAAAACGCUAGCAAAAUUUACGUAGAGAGUGAAAAGGAUUAAAAGUUGCUGAAUUUAGCUAAUAAACUGACCCAAUAGUUAAGGUUCCACCUGUGCGCGGAGUUUAGUGAGUCCGUGCUGAGUAACUACCCCUUACUAUCAUCUAGCAAAUCUUUAUACUUUCCCUUAAGUACGGGAGCAAAAUCAGCAGCAACCACAAGAAAGCAAUAGCAAAAUGUCGUUCGCGGAAAGAUUAACCACCCUAAUGGCCCGUCCCGGCCAGGACAAUGUACCGCGGGAUGAUGUACCGUGGCAUCUGAAGUACGGUGGACGAGCGGCGGGAAUCGUCGGUGGAUUCUUUGCCGUUCUGUUUGGGCUGUACAACUGCAUCGGAAUACUGCUCGGUGACGUUGGAUGCCUGAUCGGUGGCAUCCUGCAGAUAGUGGCCGGAUUUGUGGUGCUAGCAAUAGAAGCACCAUGUUGCUUCAUAUUUAUAGACUAUGUGCAACAGGCGGCGGAGAAGGCUGACCAGCGACCGUACUGGAACCGGGCGGCCCUGUACUGCAUAAUUGCUAUCCCUCCGGUGGUCCUGUGUCUGGGACUGGGAAGCCUCUUUGGCUGUGGGCUUAUAUUCGUUACCGGCAUGCUGUACGGUAUGAUGGCGCUUGGCAAAAAAGGAUCUCGUGAGGAUAUGGCAGCAAUGGCUUCCCCGAACGCGAUGUCGCCGGUGCAGGGCGUACCGUCAACGGACCAACACUCCACCCUGAUGGAGGAUCCCGAUAGCGUCGUUAGAGGACAUGCGAGCAGCGGCAACAACGUCGCCGGGAGCCAGCUCGUCCGCUGAGCAAACCAACGGUAUGUCGUCGGUUGAUGUCGUUGGUGGCGGUGGCAGUAAUAUGACGAGCAAGCAGAACUCCACGCUAGUAUAUAAUGUGCAACCGAUCUCUUACAGCGCACCGCCCCCGUACGAUAGUGUAGCUUAGUGAAGAUACCAAGCGAAACGAGCAGAUAGAAAGGCCCGCCUUAUAUCAGGACGCGAGACUGAGUGAAGAUCGACAAAUAGAUGAGCGCAAUAGGAUCCCUACAAAGGCUCGAUAUUUGUUCAGCGAAAGUAUAGUGAAUUAUGUUGAAAUUGAAGCGUUAUUUGUUGCCCUUAGCUUAAGACGCGCGCUUUUCUCUUUCUGUAUGAACCAUUAUGAGUUUUUGAUCUGAGAUUUUGUGGGGGAAAAAGAUAUGUACAAUUUGUGAAUUGUAUAGAGCGAGAGAGAGACAGAUAAAGAAGAACAAAAAUGCAUAAGUGUCAAUCGUGGCAACAAAUUAUAAGAAUAUUAUUCGAAAUGCUUACUUUAAAAACAAUUUUAAUCCUUGAUUAAUGUGAAACGAAUACAUGCAUCCAGAGCAAUGGCAGUAUCGUUUGGCUUUGCUUUUCAAACAAAUACGUUAGGCCAGUGAACAUUUCUCCUAUUAUUGCUUUCUGUUUUGAUUUAUACAAAAAUAUAAAAAAAAUCAGCGAAAGUGCUGGUCCUGCUUAAUCUUUAUGUCAUCAUAUUGCACGUCCAAAGCAAUCGUUUGUUUUUCUCUUAAAAAACACUCUCGUCCGUAUGCUUGCAUAGUAUUCACCAAAGGGCCAGAAGUAUAAUAUGUAUGAGAUCUAACUUAUCAAAAUGCUCUUUCAUAUGUUUAAAAAUGUGAUAAUUUUAGUCCCUACAUUUCAAUGCAAGCAAUGAAACAAUCAACAAAUACGAGUCGUUCGAGAUCAGGCAGACAAAAGGUACACAUUCCAACUACGUUCUAAUUUGGCUUUGUGCAGUGGGUUAAGAAAUAUUGCUAUAUUCAUGUUGUAUCGCUUAGCUUUUCGAGCGUAUCCUUGCGGCGCGACCCUUUGCUCGCACAGGAGAUUGAGCUGUUCGAUGUGUUUUGGGAUUGGAUCGGCUUUGGCGGCCUAAGAGUAUCAAGAGUCAAACGACUAGAGCAGCAAAGCAAAAAAGUUUAUGAUAAAAAAAUCCCUCUGUUCCCGGUUCCAGAAAAAAACGUAAAAUAAAUGUUGCAUCCCACUCCCAAAACUAGAGUGUAAGUUACAUAUCCAGCAAACAAACUCGGAUUCGAAUGUAUUCAUCCUUGGGAAGCUGUGUGGCUCUACACUGGCGAUACAUUUCUGAGUGUACUUGGGACAAGGCACGGCAUGGAAGUGAUUCGUAAGGAGACACAUUCAAGCAAAAGCAACAGCUCAACCGAUGGACUUAAUUGGAAUUUUGCUCGAUCUCCGAGGGGAGAGAAGAAGGGAAGAGAAAGUUAAAUAGUUAAAUAAUGAAACUGACCAUUAGAUGAUGUGCGGUAACGAUAUAACGAGGAACGAUACCGAUCAUGCUUCUAUCAUUCGUUAAGCAAAGGGGCAAAUAUAAAAACACGACACUGCGAACCUACGCCGACCUAUGGUUGGGGAGAAGUUAAAAUAAAGUCCUCCAUUUCGCAUGUAGAUAAGCAUGCAUUAUGUAAAGAAUACCAUAUUUACAUAAAAUAUAUAUAUAUAUACAUAUAUCGUGUACGAUACAAGAACGAUAGACGCGCAUAGAGAAAUAAAGUAAAAAGAAAUGCAAACAAACAAACAAACAAAAAACACACACGUUGAAGAAGUAAGAAUAGACAACUAGACAAAAUAAAACCAUUAAAAUCAAGAAAUAAAAGUGGUAGCAAAACAAGAAAUAUCGACAUAAACGAGUGCAGAAAAUAAAGGAAUAAGAAUAUUACCGUUACCUA